UGAAGAAAGCAGAAGCAAGAAUUACGAGGAAAGAUUAUGGUUAGAAAAAAGCGGAAGAAAUGAAACAAAAAUUGGAAAACGGUGAGAGCGAAGAGAGAAAAAAGAAUGAUGGCGGCAAAUUUGGAACGUUUACCACUCCGAUGGGAAAGUAACAGGAAAUACGGGCACUUGGGAACUCUCAAACAUAAGCAGAUGUAAAAACAUUCAGUAUUUGCGAAAUUAUCCUGGAGUUGAAGGCGUGUGGUGAUUUCGGGAUAUUUUCAGCUCUAAGGUCAGUCGGUGCCAGCUUACCACUUUUCGGCGCCUUUUUGGAGCGAAAGUUACAACACUUCUUCAAUAUUCUCAGACAGCAGUUUCUUUCAUUGAGAUGGAUUUUCGCCUUUCCAGCUCUGACCGAUUGACAAGCAGCGACUGUUUGAAUUCCGUGCUUUAGCGUCUUAGGACCGUUUAUCAAAUAUUGUUUCUUUUUAGAAUAGUGAAAGUGCUUAAAUGCGUCUAUAUUGAUGUAAUCUGCAGGUGAUCUGUUGCCGACUUUUUUGUUGUGAUCAUUGUGAUGAUUUUUGCAAGUAAUUUAGUUUGAAUAUUUUGGCCUAUUAGAACAAAACUGGAGUGAAAGAUCGGCAAGGAUACCUUAUCCUUGAUGGCAAAUAUAAAUUUGUAAAAGAGUGACGGAUUAAAUAAGUGAAUUAUUCGAAUACUUGGAUCUGAUAAAAUAAAGCCAAUGUUUCUGGAUUUUUAUCAUUGCUCCUAUUAAACCAAACAAUUUAAUUUUAUGGAACAAAAUCUUACACUUCUGUUUUAAUACCUUAGUCUUCAUUAGAAGUACUUUGAACAGUGAAUGUUUUAUUGAAGAUGGAACUGAUAAUUAAUUAACCUGUUUGAAGGAUCACCUAAUUCAAGGCUAAAAACAUUAAAUACAGUGCUUUUUAAAUAAUUUUAAAGGCUUAUAAUAUAUAGAAAGUGCUUAUUAAUUUUUGAAGGAAGCUCUUGUCAUCACCAUCGAUGUGAUUCAUUGCAUUUUAUUGUUAACAAAUCUAUUUGUAAAAUACGUAUUCUACUUUAGCUGUAGACACUGUUUAUUGCAGCAUAUUCUGAAGGAUGAGUUGGUACAGAAGAGCAAGUGCUCCUUGUCUCAAAGGGGGAGGCAGGCGUAGAAGCAGUGGCGCAUUUUUAUCUGCAACUGCAAGACGAUGCAGCAUUGCAGCUUCUAAUAGAAUUCGAUCUGGAUCUAAAGGUUAUGUUGGUGAAGAUGACAUCGAACUCUUUUUGCCGCCUCUUGAAGAAAUGCCUGAAAUCAAAGGAUAUGAAGAAGCAACCUUUGAACUAUGCUCUGUUCCCCCACCUGUUGUUUUAACUCCAGCCGAUUCCUUAGAAGAAGCCGGAGACUUGAAACCAUUCACAGAAUUGCCCCGUUUGUCUAAGAGUGAAGUUCGCAGCAUCAUGAUACGGUACGCAGACUCAAAAUGUGCAUUCGACAAAAACGCGCCAAGAGACAUGGACAUAAUCAACAUCGAUUACAGGCCGGGCUACAAAUACACUCUGGAGAGCUUCACCGAAAUGCGUCAAGUAUCUUGGAGUUUCGAACCCUACACGGGUGGGCCUCUAGACGAAGUGAAUGAAUCCGAUCCUCCUCCUGAACCUUGGGAUAUUGAAUGUCCUUUGCCCAAACCUUUCCAAGUACAUUCCAUGACUAUAGAUAUUCCACACACCGACGUCUUGAUGACGUGUCACGUAUGCGGUGGUAUUGGAAGCAAAAGGUGCACGGCCUGCUCUGCUGCAGGAUGGGAAAGAUGCUCUCUUUGUCUUGGUGAUGGACACAAAGUAUCCUUACAAGGGUACAGAGAGCGUUGCUAUCGGUGUCUGGGCACUGGAAGAAAAAAAUGUUGGAAAUGCAAUGGAGAAACAAUAGCGGUUUGCUUAACAUGCAGCGGGACUGGACAAAUUCGUUGCUUCAUAAACAUCACAAUAUCGUGGUCGAAUCACAUGGACAGCGAUAUUUUGGAACCUUCAGACGCUUUGGCUGUCAGUGAAAAACUGGAAUAUGCUAAUGGAUAUUUAGUUUUCCAGGAUGAAAAACCAUCGAUUCCAUCUGUGAAUUUUCCUGUGAAAGACUUGCAAAUGAUUGCUACAGCGAUUCUCGAAAAACAUCGAAACAUUUCGUUUUCAGAAAAACUACUUUUACAAAGGCAUGGCGUGUGGGCUAUUCCAGUAAAUAAAGUGACAUACGAGUGGAAACAAAGGCAAGACGUAUUCUUCAUUUACGGUACCAAAAACGAAGUAUAUGCACCGGAUUUUCCAGAGAGCCUGUGCUGCUGUUGUGCCAUAUCAUAACAAAACGUUAAGACUGCAUGGCCUUAAGUGAACCUCCCAGGAUACUUCUCCCUCUUUUAUAAACUAUAAUCUAUUAAUAAUACAUUAUCUAAUUUAUAGUCACCCUAAAUGCAUUUGGAUGCAUUGAAAACCUUCUGUAAUAUUUUAUUUGCCACACAUAUUUCAGUAUGAUUUUUAAGAUAAAACACAGUGUUUGAGCUUUUUAAUUUAUAUGAAUUUAAAAAAAAAAGCCACGAAGAUUUUUUUAAA